AUGACUGAAAGAGAGUCGAUCGAAUUAGACGUGACCGUGAUACUACCCGUAACGAAAGAAAAUUUUGGCGUUCCUGAGAGCAAUAGCUCCCGAGAGAGUCAUGUUGAGGGUGUGUUUCCCCAACCACCUGCGGAUGUGUUUUCCCAGGAAAGCGCUGAGACAGUGAAUGUCUUGGUGAAUGUCGGAUCAAGUGUAGGCGCUUAUACACUUGAUCUGGUGACGCCCCCGAAGUCAGGUCUGGAGGUGGUCAAGUUGCCAACGCUAGAAUGUAAAAGAUUGUUCCGAGGUUUGCGUGGUGACAAGAUCAAGCAGAUCUGCGCACUCGUCACCGAGAAUGAGUACGUCGCCAAAAUUUGGUCGGCACAAGUGUUUGCUGAGAAUGAACGAAUUCUCAGUGGCUCAACUAUGAACAACAGUGUCCUCGAUGAGAAGACCCGGAUUGAGCGAUACACGUCUCAAUCUUGGGAGUCUUUGAAGACUAAUCCUUUGCAUUAG